AUGAAUCAUAGAGAUAUGGUGGAGGCAGGAGAAAAGUCAAUGAAAGAAACUGCAACUUCUUCUUCGGCACUUGUAGCUACUCUUAUCAUUACUAUUAUGUUCGCUGCAGCUGUGACAGUUCCUGGUGGAAUUAAGGGGGAAACAGGUAUUCCCAUAUACGUAAACACAAAGGCAUUUAGGAUUUUUAUGGUUGCAGAUGUUAUAUCACUCUGCUCUUCCACUACUUCAGUAAUGGUAUUUUUGGGAAUCCUCACAUCACGUUUUGCAGAAGACGAUUUCCUCACAUCUUUGCCCACAAAAUUGAUUGAUAAUUGGCUUUUUAACCCUAUUUCUAUCUAUUGGGGUCAUGAUGAUUGCCUUCUCUUCUGCCAUUUUCAUUAUGCUCCCUGA